AUGCAGUCCCUGGUGCCGACGAGCCAGCAGGCAAGACAGCAGCAGGUGCGGGAGCGCGAGAGGGAGCGGGAACGCGAGGGAGAAUGCAAUGUGGGGCUUAGCCUGCACCCAUGUGCGAUGGCGCCGAGCCCGGGUGGGUACCGCGCAAUGGCGUAA